UUUUGAGAGUAUCCAAUUGACCGGGAAACCAAUUCAGACAUCCAGGAAAUCCAAGGAUAGAUACCGGUUUGCCGGAUGCCUAAAAUCCGUCAACCAGCCCUUCUGGGCACUCUGUCACUGCGAGCUGUGGCUUCAUGGCUAUGCAGUCUGGCCAGAGAGUACAUGCCGGUGAUUGCGCAGAUCUCCAAGGUGAAUGUCCAGGAAGCUGCGACAAUUCUCCGGGAUAAGAUGAUGCUGCUGCAUGAUCUCUUUGAAUACAAUGUGCCAUUUUGUCUGUACGACAAAUUGGCUGAUGAGAUGUUUAUAGCUAUACCCAGACUGAUUGAGAACAUCAAAAGUCGUCAGGAGUUGAAUUCGUCCAUGGGAAAAUUUCUCAGUGAAGUUAAUGUGGCUGUUUCUCUCACGGAAAUUCUGUUGUCGUCCAAUUUGCGAACUCUUCACUUUGAUCAGAUUCCCAAGAUGAUGAGACAUAUUUUCUAUACAAAACUCGAUCAAUUGCCAGGAUUGUUGUCACUAGAUCUGGGAUCACUAUCGGGUGGAUGGAAGACGCAAGAUAUGGAACCGACGGUACUCAAUGGGAUUAUUCAUAUGAGACAUUUACAGUCUAUCUGUAUCAAUUACGAUGCUACGGACAACAUUAUCAGGAGUCUAGGGGAAUGUUGUCCAAAUCUUGUUGCUAUUGAUUUUAGUUCGUCCAAGUGCAUCACAAAUGCCAGUGUUGAGCUACUAAUUGCUCUGCAGAAUCUCCGAAGGGUGAUACUCUAUAGGACUUCGGUUAGUAUGGAAGGGUAUAUUAGGUUGCUGAUGAAUUUGCCACGUAUUGAGGAUUUGGGGAGAUAUGAUGAUUUGGGUAGAUGUCUUUCCUACAUUGAUACGUACUAUCCGGAUCAAGAUGAACUUCAAUUGACUAAGUUUAUCAGUCACUAUGCUACGACUGAACAUUUGCAGAUUCUAGGGAGACUCUGUCCAAAAUUGCAUACAAUUUCUCUGUUUCACAAUGCUCUGCUUCUCGAUUUGAUGGCCUUAAUUGCCAUUGAUAAUCUCAGGGAUCUCAAACUUCUCUCAGCGGAUUUCUUUGGGGAUCAAAUACGUCAUGUGCUCGAGGUUAAGGGAUGCAAUCUCACCCAUUUGCACUUGGAGCAUGUCGAUGAGAUUGACAUGAAUGCUCUGAUAUACAUCAGUCAGUUCUGUCCGGAUCUCAAAAAUUUCGUCAUCUACAAUUGUGAACUUGUUGAUAGCACUUCCCUCUGCAUGAGACGCUUCCCAAUACCGCCCUUUAUGAACCUCGAAAGGCUCACCAUUGCAGCCAGUUGCAAGUUCUGGCAUUUGGACUUUCUCUUCUCGACAGCCUUUAAGAUUCGCUACAUCUACGUGGGUACAAUGGUACCGGCAGACGAUGAUCUUAUAGCUCAUGUUCUGUCCAAAAAUCCAAUGUCUCAACUUGAAGAAUUUAGAGUUAUCUUCUCAGAGGCUCUAACCAUCAAUUCCGUUUACAAACUAGCCAACAGUUGCAGCAAUUUGCAGAAACUUUCAGAAUUGGAAAGUUGGACAAAGAUUAAGGAAUGUGAACUGGCUGAAUUCAGGAAGUACAUCAAAACGAAAAAUAUGGAUCUGGACAUCAAAUCACAGAAAUUCUCAUCAGAAUAAAAAUAACCAAGAUCACCAAAAAAAA